AGGAUGGAACUAAAAUACAGAUAUUUGUUGACUAAGGAGUUGGAGUAAGACUGAGUCUCGCUCUGUGAUAUGUAUAUACCUGGACCAUGAACUUGCUGUUUGGCUUCGUGCUUUAGGAUCCUGUGUAGUAACUGUGUGAAGCCGUUGGGAAUCAUGGCAUUCUCUCCAUGGAAGCUGUCCUCUCAGAAACUCGGCUUUUUUCUGGUGACUUUUGGGUUCAUUUGGGGAAUGAUGCUUCUGCAUUUUACUAUUCAGCAGCAAACGCAACAUGAAAGCAGUACAGUCCUGCGUGAGCAAAUUUUGGAUCUUAGCAAAAGAUACAUCAAAGCAUUAGCAGAAGAAAAUAAAAAUGUGGUUGAUGGUCCUUAUGUUGGGACAGUGACAGCAUAUGAUUUGAAGAAGACACUUGCUGUCUUGUUGGAUAAUAUCUUACAGCGCAUUGGGAAGCUAGAGUCCAAGGUGGAAAAUCUUGUACUUAAUGGAACAGGAGCAAACUCUACCAACAAUACUACCACUCCUGCUCCCAGCUUAGGAACAGUUGAAAAGCUCAAUGUAGCAGAUCUCAUCAAUGGAGCCCAAGAACAGUGUGAAUUGCCUCCUAUGGAUGGUUUUCCUCACUGUGAAGGGAAAAUAAAGUGGAUGAAAGAUAUGUGGCGAUCAGAUCCCUGUUAUGCAAGUUACGGUGUAGAUGGGUCCACAUGCUCCUUUUUUAUUUACCUCAGUGAGGUUGAAAAUUGGUGUCCUCGUUUACCUUGGAGAGCAAAAAAUCCCAAUGAGGAAACUGAUCAAAAAACAGUGGCUGAAAUACGUAUAAACUUCGAUAAUCUCUACAAAAUGAUGUCAAGACACGAGGAAUUCAGGUGGAUGAUGUUACGCAUCAGACGAAUGGCCAAUACCUGGAUUGAAGCAAUUAAAUCUCUUGCAGAAAAACAAAAUUUGGAGAAGAGGAAACGAAAAAAGAUUCUGGUUCAUCUGGGACUUUUGACGAAAGAAUCUGGAUUCAAGAUUGCAGAAAAUGCAUUUAGCGGUGGUCCACUUGGUGAAUUAGUCCAGUGGAGUGAUUUAAUUACAUCUCUCUACUUACUGGGCCAUGACAUCAGGAUUUCAGCUUCACUGGCAGAGCUCAAGGAGAUUAUGAAGAAGGUUGUAGGUAACAGAUCUGGCUGCCCUACCCAGGGGGAUAAAGUUGUGGAACUCAUUUACAUCGAUAUUGUGGGACUCACUCAGUUUAAGAAAACCCUUGGUCCAUCGUGGGUACAUUACCAGUGUAUGCUGAGAGUUUUGGAUUCCUUUGGAACUGAACCAGAGUUUAACCAUGCCCAUUAUGCCCAGUCUAAAGGCCACAAGACACCAUGGGGAAAGUGGAACCUUAAUCCACAGCAGUUUUAUACAAUGUUCCCUCACACUCCAGAUAACAGCUUCCUUGGAUUUGUGGUAGAGCAGCAUCUGAAUUCCAGCGACAUUAAACACAUUAAUGACAUCAAAAGGCAGAAUCAAUCUCUCGUAUAUGGCAAAGUAGAUAAUUUCUGGAAG